AUGAAGGGCCCUGAUGCCCUCUCCUCCUAUACCAUGCCCUCAGACCUGGCACCCGUGGACAUCAGGGCCAGAGCCAGCGCGACCAAUAACGUGCCAGGUCCUCGGCCUCCCCGCCACCGACCAAUCACGAGCGAGCCCCCCCCGCCGUCGCCUUCCGCCAAUGGGAGAAAGCCCGCGGGCCGGGCCGACAAGGCGUACGGACCCCAAGAGCGCAGCGGCGGCGACAGCGGCGGGCACGGCGAGAACACAACAUGGCGGCGGGCAGGCCGCACCGAACUACAGCAGCAGCCGCGCGAGGGAAGAGGUUAUACUUCUCACGCUAAUGCCAUCAAGCUAGGCUUUGUUUUGGUCAGUGAAAUAUGGCCCGGCUGGGAUUUCCGGGGCUUCCCGGCCCCUGAACAGGUGGGCGCUGGCCAGGGUGUCGUGGGAGGAGCCUCUGCGAUGUACUUGGCCUUGACUGUCACAGCCACGGCCGUCCCUUCCGCUCAUGCCCUUCGCGGCUUGGGGGAGGGGCUGGCGGGCCAGAGGAAGCAAAAGCCCCGCCCAUCACCACAGGCCCUGCCCCCACCGGCCCCGCCCCUUCCAAUGGCCCCUCCCCCGACCGAGACCCCGCCCCCAGCAGGCCCCGCCUCCCUCUUCGCCUCCCGCCAGCCGGGGCUUGGGCUUUGCACCCGGCGGUGGCUGAGAACCGUGGCGGUUGCGGAGCAGGCAGCGCAGGCGGGCGGAGCAGAGCUGCCCGGCCCGGUUGCGGGCGAUGCCCCCGUGAGCCUCUCUCGCCGCCCCUCCCCGCCCCGCGCCCCUGCCCCUCGGAGGCCGCAGCGCGCCUGGGACCGGGCCGCGCCUUCCGCCGGGUCCGCGGGGCGGGGUCCCGGAGCACCUGCCCCGCCUUGCGGAGUCGCCUCGGCCAGCGGAGACCCCUCCCUGUCUGGACCCCGGCCCCACCUCCGGGGUGGCAGCCCAGCCCCAUUGCCUCCCCUACCCCACCCCGGGAGCAUCACCUUGGAGGACUCUGUGCACGCCCAUGACACGGAGCAGGUUGUUUACGUGACUCACCCCAGGAGGGAGGAGGCCAGUCCCAGUCCCUCCAGCUCCCUCUCUCUGGGUCUUGUUGAUGAAGUUUGUCUCUUGGGCCCAGGUUCUCCCGACCUCUCUGGGGAGCCAGAGGGCAAGAGGCAGGGUUUUGGCACCAGCCAGGCCUAUAUUCACAUCCCAGCUCUGCGGUUCUGA